AUGUCGGCCGGUCCUGAGCUUGAUAAUGACGCUGUGUUGAAGUGGCUGGAAGCGUUCCACCAAGCGAGUGCUACCCUUGACACCGAUCACUGGCUUGACGAGUUUAUGACCGACGAUGUGGAGAUGCAAUAUGCAAAUAGCCCUGUGAUCAAGGGCAGCGAGGUGCGGCAGAUGUUCAAAACCGUCCUCGGCCAACUAGAUAUGAUGACCCACGAGGUCCGCUACUUUGACUAUGUCGCCCCUCGUAUCUACCAAGCUGCGACCAUCCGAUAUCUUGUCAAAGGAGAUAGCCUAGACACCGACGAAAUCACUAUUCCCGGUUUUGCCGUGUUCUCUGUCCGGAAGGACGAUGCCGGGCGUGUGAAGUGCUAUCGGGCAGAGACCUUCCUGGAGCCAUCGGCAGUGUUCCAACGAAUUGCUGAAAAGUCAAGCCAACCAUGA